GUAUUUUAAAAACUAAAGAAAAAAAUGUGACAAAAAAAGGUAUUUUUGUAACAUAGGGACAUUACCUUGUACCCAAAGCCACCUAAAAUCAUAAAUCUCAAUUCCCUUUUCAUUUCGCUUGCUUUAUGCUCUCUCUCUCUCUCUCAGAUCUCGUUCCAGUUCUCUCUCCCGCUUUUUACUUGCUUGCUUCUCUCUCUCUAUCUCGCUCGUUCCGUGGGUUCGUCUGCCGUGCCGUGUUUCUGGGCUGUUGGGUUUGUGCGAGGUAGCCUCUGAAAAAGGGGAAGUGUUUAUAUAUGGAGAGGCUUCAGAGAAUGUUCGCCGGUGCCGGAGGAGCUUUGGGCCACCCUCCGCCGGAUUCUCCCACCCUCGAUUCCUCUGAGCAGGUCUACAUCUCAUCCCUCGCCCUUCUCAAGAUGCUCAAACACGGGAGAGCCGGUGUUCCGAUGGAAGUAAUGGGUUUGAUGCUUGGAGAGUUCGUGGAUGAGUACACUGUUCGUGUCGUUGAUGUAUUUGCAAUGCCUCAGAGUGGUACUGGUGUUAGCGUUGAAGCUGUAGAUCACGUAUUCCAGACCAACAUGCUUGAUAUGCUUAAACAGACCGGGCGACCGGAGAUGGUUGUUGGGUGGUACCAUUCACAUCCUGGGUUUGGCUGUUGGCUUUCUGGUGUGGACAUUAACACACAGCAGAGUUUUGAAGCAUUGAAUCAACGCGCUGUAGCUGUUGUGGUGGAUCCGAUUCAAAGUGUAAAAGGAAAGGUGGUGAUUGAUGCUUUUCGCUUGAUCAACCCACAAACUAUGAUGCUUGGCCAAGAGCCACGUCAAACCACUUCCAAUCUUGGCCAUCUGAAUAAACCAUCCAUUCAAGCCUUGAUCCAUGGUUUGAAUCGCCACUACUACUCCAUAGCUAUUAAUUACAGGAAGAAUGAGCUUGAGGAGAAGAUGUUGCUGAAUCUUCAUAAGAAGAAAUGGACUGAUGGUUUAACACUUAGGCAAUUUGACACUCACUCCAAAACAAAUGAGCAGACAGUUCAGGAAAUGCUAAGUUUGGCGGUUAAAUACAACAAGGCAGUACAGGAAGAAGACGAGUUGCCACCAGAGAAGCUUGCUAUUGCAAAUGUGGGAAGACAGGAUGCAAAGAAGCACCUAGAAGAGCAUGUCUCUAAUUUGAUGUCUUCGAACAUCAUUCAAACUUUGGGAACAAUGCUCGACACUGUUGUCUUCUAGAGUUCCUAAACAACACAAAAGCCUUAAUAUUCCAAGAUGAUCAUGUAGCUCUACAUUCUGUUUCUGCUUACAUUUGUCUUACUAAAACUAGUCUAUAGACACGAGGGGCAUGUUUGGAGUGUUGGACAAGAGGUUGUUGUCUUUACCUAUGUUAGGUGUUUUAUUUUGGAUAUAAAAGGAUUGGAUAAUAUCAAUUGGAUUAGUCUCAUGACAGCAUUCACAUCA